AUGGAGUUUACGGCGGAGGAUCGGGACGUUUUCAUGCAUGGCGACCUGGAAAAUGUUCCGGCCGUCAUGGAAGAUGUCCGUGUUCUUGGCGAAGGAGCCUUCGGCGAGGUGAUGCUGCGCAAAGAUCCGAAAAGUGGCAUCUUACUGGCGGUCAAGAUCGUGGAUAUGUUAAAAAAUGGCGACAAGGGCAUUGAAGCUCUGAGGAAAGAGGCCCUGUUGCACAGAAAACUGACGCAACAAGUGCACCCGAAUGUGAUCAAGUUUGUGGGCCUGCGAGUCGACCAUGAUCUCCCGCUGUUCGAGAUGUUCUUGGAAUACGCAGACGGCGGAGAACUUUUUGAUCGCAUAGAGCCUGAUGUCGGUGUCCCACACCAUAUAGCACAACAUUACUUCCGCCAGUUGAUUGAUGGACUUGACUACCUUCACAAACUGGGUGUCGCACAUCGAGACAUAAAGCCGGAAAAUUUGUUCUUGACCAAGACAGAUGUUCUGAAAAUCGGUGAUUUCGGACUUGCUACUAUCUUUCGAAUCCACGGCAGAGAGAGAACACUUGACUCUUGUUGCGGCACAUAUCCCUAUGCCAGCCCGCAAGUCCUCGAUUUUCGAUACAAGGGCCCACCGACUGAUGUCUGGUCUGCGGGUAUUGUGCUGCAUACGCUUCUGACCGGCCAGCUUCCAUGGGACAUGGCAUCGACGACUCAAAAAGAAUAUGUGCACUGGUUGGAGCAUGCUGAUAUCUAUCCAUGGAAUCGACUCGACCACCUCACACUAGAUUUUCUGCAUUGUGUCCUGCACCCGAUCGAAAAGCAACGUGCGACGACGGACGAGAUCAGGAAGCACAAAUGGUUCUUUCAGUUUAUUCCUGUUGAAGAUACUCCCUCCAGGACGCUCUUUUUGCUGCAGGCAUCCCAACCUGUAUCGCAUUGUGCUAUUUCUGAAACUCGCACAGAAAAGGCUAAGCCAGCUGCUGUCGCUUUCUCUCAACCGGAAAAUGUUCUAUACAUUUCGCAAGAUUAUGAUCACAAUCUGGACCAUUUCGCCAAUCUGGCUUCUCGAGUCACACGCUUCUGCGUUAGCGUCGAUUACGGCGCAUUUGUCGAGCGGUUGGCCGAAGCGGCAAAAGAAGUGAUGCUGGAGCUAAAAGAAAAGCCUAAUUCUUCGAUUGUUCUGAUUGACCAUGCGCGCAACCUCGCAAUCGCCGUAUCAAUUUAUCCAGUUGUCCUUGACGGCCAGCCGCGGUGCAUGAUAGAUUUCAGAAGGUCGAAGGGAGACGGUCUUCGUUUCAAACGUGUCUACAACGAGUUGCGCCGUAUCCUGGAACCGAUCGUUUGUAAAGAAGCUACUACGGAUCUUGAGGGUGUAUAUGCUGCUUCGUUAUCCACGCGACCACAUAAAUCCGAGCGGGGUGAUCUACUUCGGUUUCUGAAGACCGAAUUCCCUGAUAUCGAGCAAAAGCUGGAUGCUUCGCUACGUUGCGCACCUUUCCACCUCGAUUAUGUGCUUUACAAGAAGCGGCGAAAGCUAGCCUACGAUAUCAGCAAAGCUCUGGAAAGCAAGGAGUUCAAGGCAUACCCGGUUGGUGGCUCCUGUAACGGGCUUUUCCGUCCAGAUUCUGAUAUCGACGUCGUCAUGAUGCCAAAGAAGGAACAACCAGAGGUCUUUCUGCAACUUCUGACUAUCACGCUUGUCAGGCGUCUCAUGAUCCAACAUUCGCGUUUGCUGUCUGGCUCUAAAUAUGGACUGGAAAGCUAUUUGGCAAUCGUCCACGCUCGAGUACCCAUCCUCUCCGUUAAGCUUAAGCGGCCGAGUGGUAUAUCCGUGGAUGUGCAGUUUGGCAAUGCGGAUACCAUUAAAACAACAAACCACCUACGUGUUGCCAAUAUGGUCAGCUCUGUUGCG